CAUCGUUCUGAUUCAGUCUAGCACGCGGCCAUUCACAGUUUCGGGUCCCUACGGUGACUUUGAUUGACCAGCCGGAGCGUCUCCUUCGCCUCGCAGACCUAAAUCAAGCUUUUUCCGAUUAACCCGGUGUAUUGUUACCAGCCAGUUAAAGUCCGACCUGUCCGCUCUAAACGAUGCGGAUGAAGUUGGAAAGUAAUGAGCGAUGAUGCUGAAACUGCUGGCAAGCCCGCUUUGUUCGGAGGAGCGCAAGGCUUUUGUGCCGCUGUCAUCCCGCAGCUUGUUCCCUGCUGCUUUGUCUUCUCGUGGCCCGGUGAAAACGACCGUGAGCAGUGUGGUUUGUCUGGGUCGGACUGCGGCCGCCGGUUGCAGUGCCAUCAGGUCAGGACCAUGAGUCUGUACGGGGCCGGUGCCAGCGGCGGGGGGAUCAGCGGGUCUGCCGGUGGAUCCCGGGAACGGGGAUUGGGAGGAGCAGAACAUUAUAGGGAACAGCGACGACGCUCCAGUGAUCGCUCACGGGACUCGUCACACGAGAGAGGGGAGAGCCAGCUCACGCCAUGCAUCCGGAAUAUUACUUCUCCAACACGACAACAUGAUCGCGAACGCGGUGACGGAGGCUCCUCCUCCAGAUCAUCCAGCCCACGUCCCCCCAGAGUAUCUCAUUCUUAUCCACAUGUAGGAGGAGGUCUGAUUGGGGCACACAUACCACGGCCCCUAGGCCCCUCUGGCGUAGACCACCACGCCAAAAUGUUAGUCCCAGGAUCCUGCGACAUGAUCGUGUAUGACCUUGGUGGCAAAGAGCAUCGAAGUGGGCUGCGACCAGGGGAGAGAGUCACUCUCAUUGUGGACAAUACAAGAUUUGUGGUGGAUCCUGCUAUCUUUAUAGCUCAACCCAACACCAUGCUGGGCAGGAUGUUUGGUUCCUGUCGGGACAACAAUUUCACUCGGCCCAAUGAGAAAGGGGAGUUUGAGGUGGCUGAUGGCAUCAGCUCCACUGUGUUCCGCGCCAUCCUGGAUUACUACAAGUCGGGGAUAAUCCGCUGCCCUGACGGCGUUUCCAUCCCUGAGCUCAGAGAGGCAUGCGACUACCUCUGCAUCUCCUUCAACUACAGCACCAUCAAGUGCAGAGAUCUCAGCGCCCUGAUGCACGAGCUGUCCAACGACGGAGCGCGGCAUCAGUUCGAGUGUUACCUGGAGGAGAUGGUGCUGCCGCUGAUGGUCGCCAGCGCCCAGAGCGGGGAGAGGGAGUGUCACGUGGUGGUGCUGACCGACGACGACGUGGUGGACUGGGAUGAGGAGUACCCACCACAGAUGGGAGAGGAGUACUCUCAGAUUAUCUACAGCACCAAACUCUAUCGUUUCUUCAAAUACAUUGAGAACAGAGAUGUGGCCAAAUCUGUGCUGAAGGACCGAGGACUGAAGAAAAUCCGCCUGGGAAUCGAAGGAUACCCAACGUAUAAGGAAAAGGUGAAGCGACGUCCCGGGGGUCGCCCCGAGGUCAUCUACAACUACGUGCAGCGUCCCUUCAUCCGCAUGUCCUGGGAGAAAGAGGAAGGGAAGAGUCGCCACGUGGACUUCCAGUGCGUCAAGUCAAAGUCCACCACCAACCUGGCGGCCGCCGCAGCCGACAUCCCUCAGGACCAGCUGGUGGUCAUGCACCCUCCUGGCCCGCAGGUGGACGAGCUGGACACUCUGCCCCCUCUGGCCAACGAGGCUCACCAGCCGGCGACGGGCCAGGCGCCGGAGAACCACCCAGGAGCCCAGCCGUACGAGGGCCCGCACCAGCAGGAACACCAGAGCCAGCCCCGCGCCAACCAGCAGCCACACAGCGGCGGCGGCGGUCACUGUCAGCCGACGUACCACUAUGACCCGGACCCCGACAAUCCGUCCCCCUCAGCGUGACGCCGCCCGCUACCACACAGCCACGUUCACUACAAGUGCUUUCGUCACACAGCUGCAGCCGGCGCCGAAGGUUCGACUGGAACCAGGUUGCACAGUGCAAGUUUUCAACAAUAAAAGCACCUCUUAAUGUGAACACAGACUCCCAUUCCUCUUCUUUCUGCUGAGAGGCAAACCGGCACUUUGCCUUCUGCUGCAACACAUCACCCAAAUCAAGCCGAACUCUGGAGCACAUCAGCAGACGCCCUCUCUCGGUCUCAGCUGUUUAUCUGACCAAAGGAGCGGCGGCGUGUUAACGCGAAGAGACAAGAGGCUCGUUUUACGUUUUAUCGGAGCGUGCGCGGGACCUCCGAGUGGUCGUCCCUGCACCUGAUUGGUUCAUUUGUUUUCAGUGCCUCAUCAUAGUUUAUUUAAUAUUAGAUGUGAAGAUUCCUUUUCCCCUAAAUAUUUAAAGGCCUUUCUAAAAACCUGUUUUACAGCGACGAGGUUCCACUCCUGUUAACGGUAUGUUGUUUUUAAACUCGGCACAGAUUUAUUGUCACUACUGUGGGCACACAAGAUGUCAGAAAAGAUGUACAUUUUCUAAAUAAACUGGAUUCCCAAACUUC